AUGAGUACAGCUGUAACAGCCGAGAGCCUCGUGCCUAUAGUGUCACGGAUCUGGCGCAAUAAGCUGUCGAAUGAAGCGCGCCUCAAAUCAAGCCGGAUAGGUGUCUGUGUCAGCGGCGGGCCUGACUCUAUGGCUUUGGCUUACCUGCUUAGACGUGUUCCUGAGAUCGACCCAUCUUUGCGAAUCAAGCCGCUUGCUUUUAUUGUGAACCAUAAUGCUAGAGCGGAAAGUCGCAAAGAGGCUGAUUUUGUCUCUCGCUACCUGGAGAAACUUGACAUUGAAAGUCUCGUCCUGGAUAUUGACUGGGGCAAUGGCGUUGACCCUGCAACUUUGCCUGAUUUCGAAAUGCAGGCUCGACAAGCACGCUAUCGACUAGUUGCGACAGCAGCCUUGCAGAGAAAUAUUCGCGACCUCUUUUUAGGUCACCACCAAGACGAUCAAGUCGAGACUAUACUGAUGAGGCUGAUUAGGAACCCGAGCACUUCCUUCUUGGGAUUACAAGGCAUGGCAGAGGAAAGUGCGAUACCAUGUUGCGAGGACAUCCGAGGCGCACAUGAAGUGGAACAAUACGAGCCUCUUCCAGACUGGCUUUUUCAUAUCAACGGCACCGUCUCCAAUGUAUCGGAGAGCAAAAGGGGCAUCAAUUUCGCGAAGCAAGUGACGGUGUCCCACAAGGGGGGCCUUCGGAUGCAUCGCCCACUGCUACAGUUUCCUAAAAGCCGACUCAUUCAGACCUGCAAGGACAACGGGGUUAUUUACCAGAAAGACAAGACUAACGAUGACCCCACCCUAACACUACGAAAUGCGGUACGUGACUUAAGGAAGGAUCGCCAUGGUUCGAACAACGAACAACAUCUCCCUAGAGCACUGCAGGCGCACUCUAUCUUACAGCUCUGUGAGCAUGCCCGUAAAUCCACCUCGUCAUUGAUGGCGCGAGGAACAGAAGUUCUCAGAAUGAUCAAGAUUGACAUCUUCGACCUCCGGUGCGGUUCAAUGACAAUGACUGUUCCAAAGAAUUUCGUCGCUGCUUGCGAGACCGAUUUAGCCGCUGGUGCAAACGCUUUGGCGCGGCUGACAAGCGCAAUCAGCUACCAGUCGAGGGACGAUGUCCCGACGCUUGUGCCAAAAGAGCGAGUCUUGGAAUUUUUGGAAGCUUGUCGGUCUCCGAGGUCGCGCUCUCUUACUAUACAGAAGGUGCUCCUUGAGAAGCCGGACAAUGACACAGUAAACUCGGAGGAUAAUCAAGUCAGAUGGAAGCUGUCGCGGCCGCCCAUGCGUUCCUCCGAGGUGAAGUCUGCUGAGCAGCACUUUCGUCCAAAAGUGGACGGGUUCUCUGGAGAAGAGACAACUGGCACAUCGCAAAUGGAUCUGGACACAGUUGGAGGCGUAUGGUCGGAUUGGAUUCUGUGGGACCAUCGAUACUGGAUGCGCGUAAGGGUUCCAGAUACCACAAGCGUUCCCGAGGUCCAUGUUCGCCCGUACCGACAAUCCGAUGCACCGUACGUGUUCAGUGCUUUGAACAAAGAAGACUCGAUCAUGUUACGAAAAAUCCUGGCAGAGGCUGGUCCUGGGAAGUUGAGAUACACGCUGCCAGUGCUCACAUACCAAAACAGAUUGUUGUUGUUUCCUACCUUGAACGUGCUGGUCCCAGACUUGUCAACCCGAGAUCCCGGGACAGUCUCAAUACAAUGUCCACUGCUAGACUGGGAGAUCUGCUACAAAGUCCUAGACCAGCCUUUCAUUGUUGAACAAGCGAGGGCCAUCCGGUGGAGGAAUGCAGUGGUUAGGCGAGACGGAGACACCUAA